AUGGCUACAGCUCUUUACAUAACCCUCCUGUUACUAUCCCAUACCAUUAGCACAGCCCUCUCCCUAGAACUCCAUUUCUAUCGAAAAUCAUGCCCGAGAGCCGAACUCAUAGUUAAGAGUGUACUCCAGAGGCAUGUCAAAAAGGACCCAUCAAUACCUGCUGGCCUUCUUCGGCUCCAUUUUCAUGACUGUUUCAUCAGAGGUUGUGAUGCUUCCGUUCUUCUCGACAGUACUGAAGAAAACAUAGCAGAAAAAGAGGCACCUCCUAACUUGACACUACGAACAUAUGAUGUGAUUGACGAUAUAAAGGCUGAGCUAGAGAAGGAAUGUAAAGGAAUUGUAUCGUGUGCUGAUAUACUAGCUAUGGCAACUCGAGAUGGGGUGGCAUUUUCUGGAGGUGAAGAGUAUGCUCUGCCGACAGGGAGGAGGGAUGGCAAAAUUUCAAGAAUGUCGGAGGUUCAUCUCCCUGGCCCUUCUUUCAGUGUUCAGGGUGCAUUGGCUGCUUUCCAGUCCAUCAAUCUAGAUUUAGAGGACCUCACUACAUUAUUGGGUGCUCAUAGCAUUGGUUUCUGUCACUGUGGCUUCUUCAUCAGCAGGCUCUACAACUUUCGCAAUAGCGGCUUACCUGAUCCUCGUAUUGCUCCUCGUGUGCUAAAAACUCUGAGGCAUAAAUGCCCCCCACAACUUCAACAACUCAAUGAUGUAAGCAAAGACCCAAGAAUAUUCAUGAAUCAAGCUACAGAAAGACCAUUCACUCUAAACUCCUCGUUCUAUCAUGGCGUGCUCAAUGGACAAGCAACUUUGCACCUGGACCAGGACCUUGCCUUCACUGAUGUCACAAAUAGAUUAGCAGUGGAGUAUCUUCAGAGUCCAGAAUUAUUCAGGAGGCAAUUUUCCAACUCCAUGAUCAAAUUGGGAAUGGUCGGUGUGUUAUCUGGACAACAGGGUGAGGUCAGAUUGAAUUGUAGAAGAGUGAAUGGUGACCCAACAGACAACCUGAGAACCUAACUGAUUUCAACUAUUUGACUGCAGUAUCAAAAGAUAGGAGUCAAAGAUUCAACCUCCCUCAAGUUACCAAUAUAAAUAUACAAAUAUUCCUAGACCUCCAAUGUAACAUUUCAACGAAAUAAACAUUUCUAUCAUUUAGAAGAAGAGCAAAACAGAGCAAAACAAUGUGAUUGUUCAA